AUGCCUACUGUGAGAAGUCAGAACUUUCACGAGCCGCUUCCAAAACCAAUAGAUAUUUCCUAUCUCUCAGCUUCCACGUUUGUUCCUGGAAGAGUACUUUAUCUUAUGGUAGUCUUCACCAAAUCUAACCUGGUAACUCUACACGCCCUCACCCUGUCAACUUCCUGGCUUGUUAGAGAUGUCGACUGCUCUGUACGACAACCUACACAAUCACGAUAUGGUGUCAGAAAAGUCGACCACUUGAAUCAUAAGUAA